AUGGCUCAGAAACGUAAAAGGUGUUCCUUAUCGGUCGCAGAAAAGCGAAACAUCAUUAAUUAUGUUGACCAAAAUCCCAUGACGAAAAAAUUAGACAUAGCUAAUAAGUUCGGGAUUCCCGCAAGUACAUUGGCUACAAUUUUAAAAUCUAAAGAUAAGUUUUCAGAAGAAAGUGGUUUGAAUGUAAACAGUAAAAGAUUAAAAUCAUGCGAGUUCAAAGACGAAAAGGCUCAGCGGUUUGCAGUAGAAUUGGGACAUGAAGGGUUCCGUGCUAGCAACGGGUGGCUUCAAAAUUUCAAAAAACGAAACGAGGUUGUUUUUCCAAAAAUAUGCGGUGAAAGUGGUAGUGUUAAUGAACAAGUAUGUGAUGAUUGGAAAGACAAACUGGCAGAGCUGACCACCGGAUACGAUCCCGAAGACAUCUUUAACGCCGAUGAAACUGGACUAUUCUAUAAAUGUUUACCUGACAAAACCUUAUCAUUCAAAAGCGAUAAAUGUAAUGGUGUGAAAAACAGUAAACUUCGCUUAACAGUACUGCUGGGAACAAAUUGUACUGGGACUUACAAAUUAAAGCCACUCAUCAUCGGAAAAUAUCAAAAACCGCGAUGUUUUAUGAAUGUCAAUAAUCUGCCAACAGAUUACACGUCCAACCAUAAGGCUUGGAUGACCAGUGAUGCUUUUUGCAAUUGGCUUAAAAGUCUGGAUAAAGAGAUGAAGAAAAAAAACAAAAAAAUUCUAAUGUUCAUCGAUAAUUGUACUGCACACGGAGAAAUUCCUAACCUGAAAAAUAUAAAAAUAAAGUACUUACCUCCAAAUACCACUUCAAAACUACAACCACUGGAUCAGGGCAUCAUCCAAAGCUUCAAAAUGCAUUAUAGGAAGGAAGUUGUCAGACGAUUUCUUGCUGAUGUUGAACGUCAAACACCAACUACAAUUGACGUUUUACAAGCCAUGUGGAUGAUCGCCAAAGCUUGGAAUUUAGUCACUGAAAAGACCAUUGCAAACUGCUUCAAGAAAAGUGGGUUUAAAGUAACAUGCGAAGAUGAGGAGGACGAUUUACCAGUCGCAGAACUUGCUAGGACCUGGCAAAAAGUUCAAGAAGAAUUACACCUUCAAGAGAUUGACUUCGAAGACUUCGUUACCUUUGAUAAUGAUUUGGCCAUCUGUGGGGAACUAACUGAUGCUGACAUCGUCACAUCUGUGUUGCCAGUUACUAAUGCAGAUGCGGAUGAAGACGAGGAAGAAGAGGGUGAAAUUGAUGAGCAUAACUUCACAAUAAAAGAUGCUUAA